AUGUCGUACGCGUACCUGUUCAAGUACAUCAUCAUCGGCGACACCGGCGUGGGCAAGUCGUGUCUGCUGCUGCAGUUCACGGACAAGCGCUUCCAGCCGGUGCACGACCUCACGAUCGGCGUCGAGUUCGGCGCGCGCAUGAUCAACAUCGAGAACAAGCAGAUCAAGCUGCAGAUCUGGGAUACGGCCGGCCAAGAGUCGUUCCGAUCCAUCACGCGCUCGUACUACCGCGGAGCGGCGGGCGCGCUGCUGGUGUACGACAUCACGAGACGAGAAACGUUCAACCACCUGACGAGGUGGCUGGAGGAGGCGCGCCAGAACUCCAACUCGAACAUGGCCAUCAUGCUCAUCGGCAACAAGAGCGACCUGGAGCACCGUCGCGCCGUGAGCUUCAAGGAGGGCGAGCAGUUCGCCAAGGAAAACGGCCUCAUCUUCCUCGAGACGUCCGCCAAGACCGCCGCCAACGUCGAAGACGCCUUCGUCAAGACGGCGUCCAAGAUCUACUCGAACAUCCAGUCGGGCGUCUGCGACGUCACCAACGAGGCACAUGGCAUCAAGGUGGGCAUGACGGGCUCGCCUGGCCCUGGCGGCUUCGGCAACUCGAACCCUCCGGCCAACCGGGGUUGCUGCUAA